AUGCAAAAAGACCUUGAUUACAUUCAUAAAGUGGCUCGGAAAUACGGUCUACAUCUUAAUCCGAGUAAAUCCAAUGCUAUACUUUUUGGAAAUUCUGCUAUAUGUAAUGGUUUUCGGGAAAGUAUUGAUUUGCAAAUUGAUGGUUGUAACAUUCCUUUAGUUAGUGAGUUUGGCAAUACGUGUUAUAGUAACUCAGUUCUUCAAGCAUUAUACUUUUGUAAGCCGUUCAGAGAGAAAGUGCUGGAGUACAAAGCGAAAAAUAAACGAACGAAAGAGACUCUGCUCACGUGUCUGGCCGAUCUCUUUCACAGCAUCGCGACGCAAAAGAAAAAGGUCGGUUCGAUAGCACCGAAAAAGUUUAUCGCGCGAUUACGAAAAGAAAAGGAGGAGUUUGACAAUUACAUGCAGCAGGACGCGCACGAGUUCCUCAAUUUCCUCAUUAAUCGGAUCAGCGAAAUUAUCCUCGCCGAACGACAACAGAAUUCCACCUCAACGAAUGCGACUACGGUGGUCACUACGAACGCGAACGCGAAUAAUAUUAAAACGAAAGCUUCGGGGGAGAAUGGUAUUAUUCAUAAUCCGCCCGAACCUACUUGGGUUCACGAAAUAUUUCAGGGUAUAAUGACGAGCGAAACUCGGUGUUUAAACUGCGAGACGGUAAGCAGCAAAGAUGAAGAUUUCUUCGACCUUCAAGUAGACAUUGAACAAAACACUAGUAUCUCGCACUGUUUAAAGUGUUUCAGUAAUACGGAGACAUUGUGUAGUGAUAACAAGUUUAAGUGUGAUAACUGCAGUAGUUACCAGGAGGCCCAAAAAAGGGUCCGGGUGAAGAAACUGCCCAUGAUCCUAGCCCUACACCUAAAACGCUUCAAAUAUAUGGAACAGUACAACAGGCACAUCAAAGUUUCGCAUAGAGUUGUAUUUCCGUUAGAGUUACGACUUUUUAAUACGUCCGAUGAUGCUGUAAAUCCAGACAGACUGUACGACCUAAUAGCUGUGGUUAUUCACUGUGGAAGCGGUCCAAAUAGAGGGCAUUAUAUCAGUAUAGUAAAGAGUCACGGGUUUUGGCUUCUUUUUGAUGAUGAUCAAGUAGAUAAAAUUGAUGCAUCAACAAUAGAAGAUUUUUAUGGUUUGACGUCCGACACGCAAAAAUCAUCGGAAACCGGUUACAUUCUGUUCUAUCAGUCUCGAGAGAGUUUAUGAACUUUGCUUAAUCCAGAGGCAGCGGUAACUUGUUGUGUUAAUUCGACAAGAACGGGGGCCGGAAAGACGAAGAAUUGGGGACUGAGGUGGAAACGAUUCGCGCAGAAACCCAAGAAAAAGAUCCGAU